UAAACCGCUCAAGGGUAGUUUGUAUCGCGAGAGUAGCAGGCAAUUUGAUACACUUGGUUGAUUAGAUAGCAUAGAACAUUAAAUAAUCAAAUUAUUGACACAUUCAAUCUUGCAGUCGGCUGUUCUUAUGUAAAGCAUUUGUAUUUCAGCUCCGUUCUACAGUCCCUACAACGCUUCGAUAAGAAAAUGCCGGUCCGGAAACACAUACUGGCGGUUGCCUUUCCAGCUUUCGGUCACUACAUUCCGCUGCUGGAGCUGGCCAAACGUAUCAUUCCCCAUCAUGACGUCACCAUGGUUAUUUCGGCCACCCGGGACAAGGUCAUCCGAGAGCGCCAUCUCCUGCCGCCCGCUUCCAUUGGUUUCCAUACGGUGGACGACGGCGUAUCCGAACGGAUCGACGAGAACUUCACCGAUCUCGGUAUGCUGGUCCGAAUUGUCGAAAGAAGUAAGCCCCAUUAUGAAAAAUUCAUCGAGAGUUUGAAUACCGAUAAUUCGCCAUUGCCACAUGUCGACGCCGUGUUCUGUGACAUCACUUUAAGCCAAGCGUGCGAGCCUUGUGCAACCAAAGGUAUUCCGCUGUACGUCGUCAACCCUUUACCGACAAUGCUGAUGGCCAAGUCAUUCACCAUCCAAGAGGAUACGCCAACGGUGCCGGAUGAUACGUUCUUCAAGGAACACGCACCUGGGACGAACUUAGCUAAUUUGCCGGUGCAAAACAGCAUUAAAGUCCUGGCGCUCGGUAACAUUCGCGCGUGCAAGAAGGCACAUGCCAUUUUAUUUAAUUCGUUCGACGAACUGGAACCGGGCGGGCUCGAAUCCUUCCAACAGAACCCACACACGAAGGACAAAAUGGUGAAAUUUAUUGGGCCGCUGGCAACAACAAAUGACCAGGAAAGUAACAGCGACGGUUUAGCCGAUAAGGUCAUGCAGUGGAUGGACACGCAGAAAGAACGCAACGUAGUUUAUUUUUCGUUGGGUUCCAUCGCCACGCUUUCCAAGGAACAGAUUGUCGAGAUAGCCAACGCACUGGUAUCUUUGAACCGGCCGUUUAUCUGGUCGCUGCGACCUUUCCAGCAGGUGCAUCUCCCAGAAGUUAUGAAAGGUCAGACCGCUGACAGCUUCGAUUCAGACUCAAAAUAUCUGAUUAUUCCAUGGGCGCCACAGAAGCGCAUCCUAGCGCACAAGGCAACCGUCUUGUUCGUCAGUCACUGUGGAUGGAAUAGUACACUGGAGUCCGUCUCGUUUGGUGUGCCGAUUGUGGCUUGGCCGAUGUUUGGAGAUCAGCAUGUUAAUGCGGCGUUGGUCGAGCAGAGGCAAAUCGGGAUAAAGGUCAAGGGUACCGGCACGAAGAAUCCGACUGCAGUUCCGGCCGAGGAGAUUGCUAGAGCUAUCGCGACAGUGGCUGGAUGGGAUGCGGGGCAGGAGAAGCGAACAUUAUAUGCAGAGAAAAUGGAAUUUAUGGGACAAAAAGCCAGAGAAGCAGUUGCAGAAAAGGGACCAUCAACUAACAGUUUGAUGGAAAUCCUGCAGGGAAUCUAGAUCGGGUGAUAUAAGUGCGAGUACCGACAGAGAUUUCUUUGUUUACUGACUCUAUCUUGCAAUUAAAUGAAAAUCUAUGUUAGCACGCAAUAUUUCCAGUUGCACAUACGAGUACAAAACAAAAAGCCGUUUUUGAACGAUAAUUUUGUUCUCGUUGCAUUUUGUGGUCCAUCAUCAGGAUACUCUGUAUGUCGCCAGUUCACCGGCCAUCCGCGCGCUUCUAAAAUGCCAAAUCGAGCACGAUGUGAAAAUUCGAGGUGGUAUAAAGUACAAUACAAACGUUUACUAGAGUAUUGACACAGAUUAACUGCGGAAUGUUGAUU